GCAGCAGCAGCGGUAGCUUUUAGGGUCCAUACGCAGAGAAUCUAUGGGAGGAAAAGAAAGGCGAAUAAGCCUUUGGACCCGACCCUCCUAUUCCGGAACAAAAAGCACAAUAACUACCCGACUGAGCAAAAGCGGACCUGGCGCCCAUUGCGCAGGCGCGCUCAGUGUUACGCUUCCGGAGGGAGGGGAGAAGCGACCCGAUCCCGCCCCACCGCGGCCUUUGUCGCGUCACGUGCCCGGAGGCUCCUGUGUCACGUGAGGCCCAGGUGGCGGCGGAGCUACGGCGAGAGGGCGAGAGUAAGAAGCGGAAGCCGGAAGGGGCGCGAGUGAAGGGUGGCAGAGAAGACUCCUCCCGAGAGGGCAAGGGGUGCGCGUGCGCCCUCUUCUUCCAGCGCAGCCCCGCCGCCCUCGCUCGCGGCCAGGUGACAGCUGGGCCUGGCCUGCUGCGCGCUGCCUGGGGCGCGAGGAGCGCGCGCCCUGCCCUUGCGCGCCGCGCCGGCCGCCCCUCCCCCUCGUCCCGUCCCUCCCGUCGCGUCCCGUCCCCUUGGGUGCUGCCGGCCGGUGCUGAGGCGAGUCGGCGGCAGCGGGGACAUUUUCUGACUCCCGACCACUGUCCCGGCUGCCUUUUCCUCUCCGACGCGGGGCCGGCCGCUACUCCGGCCCCAGGAUGCAGAAUGUGAUUAACACGGUGAAGGGAAAGGCACUGGAAGUGGCUGAGUACCUGACCCCGGUCCUCAAGGAAUCAAAGUUUAAGGAAACAGGUGUUAUCACCCCAGAAGAGUUUGUAGCAGCUGGAGAUCACUUAGUCCACCACUGUCCAACAUGGCAAUGGGCUACAGGAGAGGAAUUGAAAGUGAAGGCUUACCUACCAUCAGGCAAACAAUUUUUGGUCACCAAAAAUGUGCCAUGCUACAAGCGGUGCAAACAGAUGGAAUAUUCAGAUGAAUUGGAAGCUAUCAUUGAAGAAGAUGAUGGUGAUGGGGGAUGGGUAGAUACUUAUCAUAAUACAGGUAUUGCAGGAAUAACCGAAGCAGUUAAGGAGAUUACACUGGAAAGCAAGGACAGUAUAAAACUCCAGGAUUGCUCAGCAUUAUGUGAGGAGGAGGAAGAGGAAGAUGAAGGAGAAGCUGCAGAUAUGGAAGAAUAUGAAGAGAGUGGAUUGUUGGAAACAGAUGAGGCUACUCUAGAUACAAGGAAACUAGUAGAAGCUUGUAAAGCUAAAACUGAUGCUGGAGGUGAAGAUGCUAUUUUGCAAACCAGAACUUAUGACCUUUACAUCACUUAUGAUAAAUACUACCAGACACCACGACUAUGGUUGUUCGGCUAUGAUGAGCAACGGCAGCCUUUAACAGUUGAGCACAUGUAUGAAGACAUCAGUCAAGAUCAUGUGAAGAAAACAGUGACCAUUGAAAAUCACCCUCAUCUUCCACCACCUCCUAUGUGUUCAGUUCACCCAUGCAGGCAUGCUGAGGUGAUGAAGAAAAUCAUUGAGACUGUUGCAGAAGGAGGGGGAGAACUUGGUGUUCAUAUGUAUCUUCUAAUUUUCUUGAAAUUUGUACAAGCUGUCAUUCCAACAAUAGAAUAUGACUACACAAGACACUUCACAAUGUAACAAAGAGAGCAUAGAAUCUAUCCUAAUUAUUGAUUCUGAUUUUUAAAGAAUUAACCCAUAGAUGUGACCAUUGACCAUAUUCACCGAUAUGUACAAUUUCUCUAAUAAAGAGAAUUAUAUGUUUAUGCAUUAAAUAAAAGUUCCUCUACCAGCCUUAUUUGUUUAAUAAAAUGAGUGUAAAGAGACCGUU